UACAUCGCUAAGCACCUUAAGCGGUGCCGCGAAACAACGAUAACAAAAACACCAGCCGGUGGCAAAGUCUUCUUUUCGCAAAGUGGUCGUCAUGGAUGACUUUCUACCAUCAAGAAAGACGUGGGUGAGGUAACAACRAUGUUUACAAACACUACGAUUGCUAGUGGAUUUCGAGUUCCAAUGUUUUGUAUGUUAAGCUUGGAGUUGUUAUUUGGCGUAGCAUCUUGUUCAAGCGUGUUAUGGGUGUACUGUAGAAAACGUCAGACCAGAACAGCUGCUAAUAUGUUUAUCGCGAACUUGGCAGUUGUAGAUGCCUUCUUGUGUAUGACAGGCAUACCUUUCACCAUAACAAGACUAGGACUAUUUCCGUCUCAYACCGAGUUAUUUUGYCUUUGCCAUGAAGGUUUAACAUCAAGUCUACGGAACGCUUCGAUAGCGACUCUACUGUUGAUCUGCUACGAUCGCUACCAGUCAGUAACAAGUCCAUUUCGACUACGAUUAACUUUUAAAAAAGCUAAAAGAGCAUUGACUAUAUUGUGGAUUUCGUGUGCAAGCACGUUUUUUCUCCCGUUCAUUGAAUAUUCAGUUCAUCAUCGCGCCACUGGAGACUUYAGUUGUAUUGACUUCUUUAGCAAUACCAAGAUGAUWUAYUACGUGAGACUGUACUACCUUCCARCAUUUUUUAUAGCUACUUUAAUUAGCUUGCCUUGCUACUGGAAGAUCUCCAAAGCUGCUUUAUCGCGCAUUCAGAUCCAUUCAAUCGUUGUGAAAACGUCUUUGGUUAUUCCUAUGGGUUCGACACUCGARGAGAGAACUACGACUGCAAGACUMAGGCAAAAAGAGUGGCGCGUUGCAAAAAUGACCGGUGCAAUCAUGUGCUCUGUCUGYAUUCUGUGGUUUCCCUACAUGCUAUUCACUUUUUUACURUGCUUUAAAAAACCGGACUUUACACUGGUGAARUUGGAAUUCAUAUUUUUAAUGAUCGGUUAUUUUAAUUGUACUUUAAACCCUCUWCUUUAUGCCUUUACAAAACAGAAAUUUCGAAUUGCUUUCAUGAAAACUUUACCGAAAUUUUCGCGAUGAGGAUAUYAAUAARYAACGAAUCUGAGAGUARCAAGCCAAACAAGGAAGAACAAAUGAAUCUUAUAAUUGCWUUACAAUCUUAAAGUUCAGCGAUUUACAUCACUACAAAAACGAGAUUUGGAAUUCUCUUGAAAUACAAAACAGUUGCUGAAUAUCAAAAUGAUCGAAUCUAAGUUUUAAACGUUUAAAAUUAAGAGUGUCUUGUUUAUAGUAAAGAGUGUGUUAUAUUACAAGACAAUCCACCCACACAGUCCUAAAGCUGCAUGACACUGAAAUAAAGUCUUAAAAAUAAACACUUUUUUUCUCAAUUGGCGUGAAGUUUUUUUUGCUAGCUACAUGCAACUUUGUCUUUGCUUGACGUUCGCUAGAAUUUUAAAAAACCUUACAAUCAAAAUACGAGAAAGAUCGAGUUUCUCAUUCUACCGGGGUUAGUUUUGAUAUUAGUUUUGUUAUUAAUAAAAUUAUAGCAAUGGUGCCAAAACCAAUAUUUAUUACAAAACAUGARAAAAAUAUAUCAAAAAUGAAAUUGUGUGAAAUUUCGCUAGUACAAUUCUAAAAGACUCCGACAGACAUUCUUUAGAAAGCUCAUUUAGAAAAGGUUUUAUAUUUUGAUGAUAAGUGUAGGUAAAGAAAAUAGYACAGAAUGUAAUAGUUGUAGAAUGCAUGUGGAAAUUUAAUAAUAUAAUAAACAAUGUGACACUUUUCACUUGGAUAUGGAGGUUUGGAUGAAAAACAACAUACAAAGUGCCACGCAAGCAAAUCUAUUUCUAGAAAUAACGACAUUGCAAGGCUUUUUUACUUUUAGAGCACCGGUAUGGAUCUGUGUGAGGAAACUUUCGAAUUACUUUAUAACUCAAGUUAGUUUUGAAUUUAACUUGUGGAGACCUUGGUAGGCAUUCAAAUAAUGCAUGAAAGKGCAUUGAAAGGUUUGAAGCAUUUUAGCUUAACAUUCAUGAGCUAUACAUCACGAUGUUGAAUAUAUCGAACACCAACUCAAAACUAUAUGACAAAAAACAGGUACAUUUGGCUUUGUUGACCUUAAACUUUGAGUAAAACUUAUUAAAAAUAAAGUUAACUUUUUCAGAUCCCACAAAUGAAAAAAAUAGCUUUAUGAGCUCACAAAAAUAUACGUUCUCUKUAGAAUAAUAGAAAACAGAAGGUUUCCUUAUGUUAAACUCGAAAUUUUCGGAAUUAGCAACGAAGCAAUGAAAUUACAAAAGCAAUUUUCAAGUCACGAUUUUGAAUAAUUUAUUAAAAAGAUGCGAGC